GGAAGUGCAUGGGUGUGUUUCCGCUGAAGGGAGGGACUUACGCUGCAUCGACGAACUUCCCUGAAGACACCGCAUUUGCACAUACGCAGGAUGGAGCUGCGACCGCUUGUCAUGUGCUUUGCUCUCUGUGUGGUUUACGCCACCAGCAAACCCACUGAGAAAAAGGACCGUGUUCACCACGAUGAACCCCUCAGCAACCGAGAGCACGAUGAUUCAGAAAACUUUGACUAUGACCAUGAAGCCUUUCUGGGACAAGAGGAGGCCAAGACCUUUGACCAGCUCACACCAGAGGAGAGCAAGGAGAGGCUCGGCAUGUUGGUUGAACGUAUAGAUGAGGAUAAGGAUGGCUUUGUCACAGUGGAGGAAAUGAAGAAGUGGAUCAAGCAUGCACAGAAGAGGUGGAUCUAUGAUGACGUGGAUCGUCAGUGGAAAAGUCAUGACCUCAAUGGGGAUGAAGUUGUAUCCUGGGAGGAGUACAAGAACGCCACGUAUGGCUACAUUCUUGAUGAUCCCGACCCCGAUGAUGGCUUCAGCUACAGGCAGAUGAUGGAUCGCGACGAGAGGAGAUUCAAAAUGGCUGAUCAAGACAAUGACAUGAAAGCCAACAAGGAGGAAUUUACAGCCUUCCUUCACCCCGAGGAGUACGACCACAUGAAAGACAUUGUAGUUCUGGAAACUAUGGAGGACAUUGACAAGAACGGAGAUGGUUUAAUAGAUUUAGAUGAGUACAUAGGUGACAUGUACAACCAGGAGGGAGACGCCACAGAACCUGAGUGGGUGAAAACAGAAAGGGAACAGUUUACUGAAUUCAGAGACAAAAACAAGGACGGGAAGAUGGACAAGGAGGAGACCCGAGACUGGAUCCUGCCAAGUGACUACGAUCAUGCUGAGGCCGAGGCCAAGCAUCUGGUCUAUGAGUCAGAUUCCGACAAAGAUGGCCGUCUGACCAAGGCUGAAAUUGUGGAUAAGUAUGACCUGUUCGUGGGCAGCCAGGCGACUGACUUUGGAGAGGCUCUGACCCGACACGACGAGUUCUAGCAUCCAUCUGCCUCCAAAGACUCUGUUCAUCUUGUGUACCACCUCACUCCUCCGACAGUGGAUGGAGUAAUUCAGACAAGAUAAGCUCGCCUAAUCCAACGCCACGGACAAUAAUUUAUUUGAUCUCUUGAAUGUGUCCCAUUGUACACACACUAACGUUACACACUAACAGUGUGACCUUGUGCUCAGUUGUGUUUCAGAUUGGGAUAUACCGCCAGCCCUCUCUCUGCUUUCACACACUACUCUUCCCUUAUUCCAGGUCAGGCGAAGAACAAACAGUGUUAGAUGACUUUUUUUUUUUUCCUUUGAAAGAAAGAUUUCAUGAAAUAGCCAUGUUUUGUCGAUGAAACCAUAAAAGAACAAGUUUAGUUUUGCAGUAUACCGUAUAGUUUGUCGUACUGUUUAUUUCUGCAAUGCACUGGACUGUGAAGAGUAAAGCUGAUCUCUAUCCAGUAGAACUUGUUCUACUCCUCUGUCUAAUCAUGUUAUAAUCGGACCCAAACUGAAAACGCUAAUUGUUGAUUCACUUGUACUCUAUUUUCAAGUCUUCAUUGAUCAUAAUCUGCUAAUGCUGGAGUGGAGGACGUUGGGAACAAAGAGUAAAUAUUAAAUUCCAGUGACGAUGAAGACUAUUUGCACUAGUGCAAUACAGUAUCAUCAGUGGGACUGCGCUGUGUUUGCUAUACUGGUCCCCAAAGCAUCCAUGUUAACACGAGCUACACGUCCUACAUGAGGGCGAGCUGUGUGUUAGUUGAAGGAUUCAGUAGUGAAUGAUUUAGGGAUGGAUGGAUGCUUUGUCCUCGAAGCUGCCUACUUGCUUCUUUCUCAUCACCUCAAUAGUGUGUUUGUGUGUGUGUGUGCGUGCGUGUGUAUCUGUGUGUUCAUAUGUAACUUGCAUUCUUGAUUGAUUUGCCCUUUUCGAUGUUAUGUUUUGUUGGAUUCAGCUGAACUAACUAUUUUGUGUGCCAAGCAAAAAAAAUUUGUCCCGUUUUUGUUAGCAGUAUGAAAAAAAUGCCCCCCCAAACACCCUCACUUUACCCUCCUAAAUAUGUUUGUUAUGCUUGUAUUAUCACUACCACCAUUUAUAACCACUGUUGAGAAUUUUUAUGGUAUACUAUAAUGUAUAUGAUAAUGUUUUUUUACAGGCUCACUGCAGCGACCACCCUUCCACUUGUGACUUUACUGUAAAUAAGUUGUUGGUCUGCAGAGCACUCUAACAAUCAGGUCCAGUUUUUGUGAUUUGAGAAGAAUGUCUCAAUAAAACAAACAAAAUUGGA